AUGGGGGACCAAGAGGCCUUGGAUGAAUUACGGGACCUUUUCACUUACACGGACUCCUUGGGAAAUCUUCGGAAAAUCUCUUACAUCAAAGAUGCGAGAACACCUGUUGAGCAGCAGCCAGCGAAGCGUUCAAAGUUGCGUGGCACAAGGGUCAAGCAGGAGCUUCCUGAGACAGAUGUUGGAUAUUCCAGCGGCAGUGCUGGUGGUUCUGUCUUGGGUUCGGAUGCACGAGUUCCAAGUCCAGAAUGCCCCGCUGAUGCUGCAAGCCAGCAGCCGGACACUAUCCCUGCUCCUCACGCACCUUUGGUUGCAGCAGUUUGCAUGGAGACAGCUCCAUCAAAGGAGGUGGAGACGUUCCUUGCUGAAAAGUGGGCCGUGGUUGAAAGUGAGAUUGAUGCAAAAAAGCGGCAAGCUGAACUGGAACUCAAUGAGGUCCAGGAGAAACGUCAAAGACUUGAGUCGGAGCUUGAGAAAGGAUCAGAAAGGCUUGUGCAAGUCAAUGAAGAGAUCAAUCGGAAACUUCGUCAAGCUGAACAUGAGCUAGAUAUUGUAUGCCACAAGAAAAUUGAGAUGGAUACUGAGCUUGAGAAAGGCAUGUCCAAGCUCAAUGCCAUGCAACAAAAGCUUAUGUUGCUCGAGCGAGAUAUGAAGAAACAUGAGGCGGCUGCAGCCGAGGCUGCAGCAAAGUCUGCUGCAACCAAUGCCGAGGCUGCAGCAAAGUCCGCUGCAAUCAAUGCACUGGUGAUGCAUGCAUCAGAUGCUACGAUGCCAGCUGCUGUCAGGCAGCCUGUGGCAACGACGUUGGCUGUUGUCAAUCGAGCAAGGAUUGACAAGUCCAAUGCCAAGGCAUUGCUUAUGUCCAAGAUUGAGGAGUCUGUCGUGCCAUCAAGUGAAGGGUCAACUCCUGUGCGGAGAGAGGUCUUUCCAACUACUUCCUCCACUCCGCCUUCAACACCCGCGACUCAUGCUGGCAGUGGAGUCACUACUUUGUCUCCAGAUUCAGUACCUGCAGGUUCUGAAUUGACUCCAUCUGAAAGAGUGAGUGAUCGAGACGACUCAAAGUGCAGUGCUGAAACCCGCUUUACAAGCAGCACGCACCCUGAAGCAUGGGGAGCCCUGUACAGGAUUGUGAGGAAGGUCGACACUGAUGGAAAUCCAGCAUGUGCCAAAGAAAUCUAUGAUGCAUGGCAUCAAGGACAGAAGAUCGAUUACAGUUUUUUGUCCAUGGGUUGGUCAAUGAAGCACAGGCGAUGUAUCUAUGACCGCACUAUCAUCAAGUACUUGGUCCAAGUCAAGGAUGAUGUGGAACAGGGGGACGAGCAAAUGCAGAUGUUGGAAUCGGAGAUGCAGAAUCUUGGUCUAUUCAACACCGAGUUUAGUCUUGGUGAUAUCAUCGGCGACGACGAUGAUGAGCAGAAGCCAGAAGACAUCCCCAGGAAGAAAACCAAGUUGCCAGAAUAUCCAGAGGUGGAGGGCGAAGAGUCGCUUCAGGAAUACCUUGGGCAGUACAAGAGGGCAUGCUUGUCGCGGAAGGCCUUGUUCAAAACUACUCGGGACAAGCUCAGUGAGCCUGGUGCUGGCAAAGGGUAUGAGUAG